UGCAACCACGAGUUGUUACAAAUCAUCAGUGGCCGGUCAGCAGUGAAAGCGCCAAAUCUUAUAGCAGAGGAGCUCUCCGUCCAUGAAGCUUUAUUGCUGCAUGGUCUACAGCACUACAAGCAGCAUAGUAAGGAGUCAGAGACCAAGUUGAAGAAUGACAAGAACGUCAGCCGCCUUGAGCUGCAAUUCCUUCUACAGCUCAGCCAGUUCCUGGAUCUGGAUGCAGUGCAGAGCAAGGAACUCUUUGAGGCCUACAUCCUGAAUGCCUUCAGGGGGACGGGAACGCAGCUGCAGUCGAUAUUGAAGGACGAACGAAGUGUUCAGGCUUUACUUCAGAAGGUAUGGGAGUAUUACCACACAGAACGCAUGAUGCUCCUUCAUUGCCUCAAACAUCUACUCAGCUUCCACAGAGACACAGAACAUCCAUUCCAGGAACAGUAUUUGGAGUGCGUUUUAAAGCUGCAAAAGGGAAAGGUGUGUGAUAUGUUACUGCAGCAGUAUGAGACCAGCUUCAACUCACCGGCGCCCAGCAGGCACAAGAGGGGACCCCUAAUGAGUGAGAGGCACAGCAUCCGAUGGUGUCUCCAGGGUCUUACAGAACAGUGUGAGCUACUGGAGAUAAUUCUGUUGUACGUCCGAGACCAGGACGAUCCAUCAGGAUAUCUUCUUAAUUUGGCACAGCUUUUCCAGAAACAAGCUUUUGGGACACGUCAGCCUUACAGAUACCUGCUGGAUGCGGAGGAGCUGGCCCACCGGUUGACAGCACGCAUCAGCUUUCUGUGUGGUAUGCUACUAGUUGAGUCCAUGAACCUGGAUGCACUGAUUGGCCUACCAGAUUCGGACAAACCACCCAGUCACCGUCUUGUGUCAGACCAAAAGCUAGCUGGGGAGCUGACCUCCAUCUUCCAGAAUCUCGGCACCCAGCCGUCCCACGGCCCAGUCUUCCUGGCCUGGCUGGCCCUCCACUGCACCCUCUGGCCCGAGGGGGACAUGGCCGGGGUGCGCAGGCUGGGCCAGCAGGCCGUACAGCUGCAGGUGUUCCGCUACAUCUCAGGUCAACUGGUCAACCUCGCCGGGGAGAAGAAGGAGAUUCUCAGUCUGGUGUGUCAUGUCUGUGUUUACUCCCUUCUGACCUUGGUAUUGACUCUGUUUCAAGAGGACACGCUUGGUGGACGAGACGAAUUGAUACAUCUUGCAUGUCAGCUUCUUAAGCAACCUCAACUAUGCAUGGAGUUUUGGGAUAGCGAUGUAGAGGGUGGCAUAUUCUCUCUCCUUCGGUCCUCCACUAACAGCUUCCCGCUGGACUUCAAUCCGUUACUUCAACUCCUGACCCCACUGACAAGCGAGGGCAGCAGACAGGUGUUUGCUUUCGUGGAACAUCUCCCGUCCUUCACGGAGCCCUUGGACAAUAACCGGUCAAUGGACCUGCAGAGCACCAAUCAGAAAGGAGUCUGGAAGUUGAUGCAGGACAAGGUGGUCCUGCCAGCAGGUGAUCAUUGUCGAGCUUUUAUCAUGCCAGCUGGUUCACUGGGUGUCCAGUUUCAGAGGGGCAGGGUCGACCUGAUCCGUUGGAAUUUUGAUUUCAGUGGCUGGCAGUUAUUCCAAUGUCUGAUUGACUGGCUAUUGGUCAGAAUUAGACAGGGCAACAUACCAUCAGGUGUCCAAGUCAGCCAAGCUGAGGCCAUCAUUGACCUUGUGACCCACACUCUGGAUGCUGAUUGGUCGCUGUUCCCUGAGCUUCAGCUAAUCACAGACUACCUCUAUCAAUUGAUAUCAAGUAGCUUGACUUCUCUGACGAAUCCCCCACUGGGUCUGUUGUCUGUCUGCCUGAAGUGCAUCGGGGUCCUGGCUAAACACCAGCCCAGACAGGUUUGGCAGAGUAUACAGAAGUCUGGUUUCCUACCCCAUACCGGCAAUGUGUACAGUGAUGCAGCAGAAGCAGUCAGUGGAGAGGGUAUCUACCCAGCUGAAUAUGGCAAGCUGCUAGCCAGCCAGGAGCAACCCACGGGGGAGUAUCCCGUCACCCUGGAGUUUCUCCGCCUCCUCAAGACACUCCUCCAGGGUCUGUGUACAAGCGAUGUUGACGUUGCUACGUCCCAGGACCUGCUAGCGUGCGUAGUCUUUGUACAGCGAGAGAUAUUCACAACUUUCCACAAUUGGAGAUACGCUCGCUUUGAUGACAGGGAAGAAGUGGGCAAGUGCAGUCUGGACGUUUUCCACGUGGUGCUCCACGUUCUUCCAGCCAUUAGCAGAACCCAAACAACCCAAGGUGCCUCUGACAAAGUCAAGAGUGUAGUGUCAGUUCGUGAGACCUGCAUCCAUGGCUUUCUCUACACCCCAGCAGGUGAGGCAUUGCUGUUUAUCGUUGCCUCAGGCAUUGACAACCUGGAACAGAGAAUCAUCGAUCAAGGAAGUUCCUUUGAAGGUGCCGCCGCCCGCCUGUCCCAGCUCAUCAAGAUGUCUCUCUCCAUCCUCAACCGUCUGCUCCUCCUCAGGCCCCCCAGCCAACCCCCCUGCCCCCUGGAGCAGGCCCUGACCUCCCACACCACGGGCCUGCCCCACCAGCCCCACCUCAUCGGCUUGGUGGCCGGCUACAUCUAUCACCGUCAUGACCCCCGCCUGCCUACGCUGGCCACGCUGCUACUCAAGAGGGUUGCCAUGGUUGCGCCUAUGUCCAUUUUUGGCUGUCUUGGGAGUCAGGCAGCGGCCAUAAGGGACAUCUACCUGUCUCGUCUGCAGGCACACUCGGAGGAUGAAAGAUUAAAGGUCGGCAUCCUGGAACUCUUGACGGUUGCCGUGGAGACUCAGCCUGGACUGAGCGAACUCUUCCUGAAUUUGGAGAAGGUCAAGCCGGCGUCCGCGGAGAGGCCAGAGAGUGAGAAGCCCACUGUGCCAUCCAGCCCAAAGGUGGAGAUUGGUAAAGUCAGCUGUCUGCAUGCUGUGCUGGACACCAUUGAAGAAGUCAAACAGGGUUCUACUCAUUGUCCACCGGACCUUCACUGUGCUGCCCUGGGGUUCCUCCAGGCACUCUGGCUGGACUGUAGAGAGACUGCCCUCUCUGUGCUGCGCACCAGACCUAAAUUCUGGGAUGAUGUAGCUGCCCCUCUGUUUAAAGAUCUUGAAGUUCCAGAGGGAGGAACACAGGCAAUCAGUUCUGAGAUCAAAAUCCGCGCCUACGCCUUCAGGAUUCUUGCACUGGAGUGUUACUACGUCUCAAGUGAAAAUCUUCAGAAGGGUCUAAAAGCUGUUCUGAGGAAGCUGAAGCAAGAGGACAGAUACUCACACUGGUCAAAGUGCGUCCAUUCCCUGCUGGAGUCUGCGGCCGAGCAGCAGACAGACCUCGAGGAGUACCUGAUCCGUCAGCACCAGCUGUUGGUGCUGGUGCAGGCCUGGCGUACGCUCCUGCUGGUAUCCACCUCAGCUAACGGCAAAGCCGUGGAAUUGUCUGACACUAAGGUCCAGUCGGCCAUCUUGUCCGAUAUUGCGGCUUCCAUCGAUAGCCUGUCCUGUCAUCUUGACUCUGUCCUGAAUCAGAAAGCCUGUUCCCUGCUGUCCAGUCUCUACAUGUCACUCCUGACACACUGGACAAGCACCCAGGUCAGUCAGUGGAAGCACGUAGACAUUCUGGUUGACGUGCUGGAGAGAAUCACCGACUCAGACUCACCAGGACUUGGCAACGCUGCCACAGCCAUCAUGGCCGCUCUCACUACGUUACUCAAGCAACGCACCAGCAAGCAAGCCCUCCAUGUGGAAACGAUGGAAACUCUCCUUCCGAUCAUAUGCCUGGCACUGCAACAGAGCAGCCAGUUCUACCUCAAGUCCCAGGGUGACAUCAAUAAGUCCCUUCCUUCUAUCAAGGGGUCUGCUCAGGGGUUUGUCAGUGGGAGGAGUCAGGAGUAUGGCCAGGGAACUGUCACAGGGUCUGUCGGUGGCAGUGGUCUGACCGCUGACAAUUUAGCUUUACCAGGUGGCCAGGGGAGGGUGGCAGGAACUAGGUCCACAAAUGGACUGGAGACAAGAGACAAGGAACGUGCCAGUAUGCCAGCUGUUUCCAAAUAUUCGAUGCCAACUAUCGCUGCGUAUCUCCUCGAUGAGCUGCUAGUCGGUGAGAAGACAAGAACCAGCAUGUGGUUGCCGCUGCUCAGACAGCACGGCAUGCUGAACCUGCUGCUCACCACCCUGCAGUCCUGCCUACAGGUCAGGCAGGGAUUACACUACUCUGAGGCUGUGCUGUUACUGCUUCUGGACUUGGCUAGUAUUCCACAGGCUGCAGAAUCCAUGCAGACCACGGGUCUGGUACAACAGAUAUGUCUGCCACUGUUGCAACUACAUCAACAGAAUGGGGAAGAUGCAAUGACCUGGAGCAAGGUUGCCAAGACGGAGAAGGCAGAUACACUCACCUGGCUGUCCAUUUAUCGCCAUUCUAUCUCCGUGGUGACGGUGAUGCUGGGGACUUUGCAGCACAGUUUCCUAUCAGAUGCCUUGGACUUCUUUGGAGUUCAUCGGGAACGCAUGAUGCAGUGCCUGGAUGCUGUGCGAUACAACCAGAGCCGAGCCUGUCUGAUGGAGGCUGAGACAACCAGUGCCUUCAUCUACCAGCUCUCCCUCUUUGCCAAGGACCUAGGAAGUCGGCUGAGGACUGGCGAGGUCCAGGUGCUGCUGCUGGGGGUGACAUCGCUGUGCCACAGCUGCAUGGCACUGCUGAUCAGGCCAAAGCUGCUGCAGUAUCUGACUGAGAGGAGCGCCAAGCACGCAGACUUGAACAAGCAGCAGCGGAUGGUGCUGACCAUGAACGGCACCCCGGUGAGGCUACGACAGCAGACAUCCAUGACGGACCUGACAGAGGGCAAACUCAGCCCAGAGGUGCAGCACAUCCAGGCUAGAUUGCUGGUGAUUCUCGGCCAUGGCUUGGCUGCCCUGAGACAUUUCAGCCCUGAUCUGCUGACCAUUCUCCUGAACCCAAGUGUUGAUAUCUUGGAGUAUCCGAUGUUACUAGGUCUUGGUUUCAGCACACCGGCUCUAGAGACAGAUGUCCAACCAUCCUUUGGAAUGCUCAUUUCCUGCAUCAAUACAUGCGUUCAACUCCUCAGUAAGUUGGACAGCAGCAAGACUUCUCUCUCUCCUGAUGAGACUCCGCCCACCAUUGUGGCCGUAGCUGGGCCAUCUGCCCCCGUACAGCACAGAUACAUGGAUAGACCCAUGAUCAUGUUUUUACUGGAGACCUCUGUUGAGCUGCUAAUGGUGCAAGGGUUACGAUGCCUCAAGGAUCCCACACUGCCCCUCCGAGAUAGACAGAGAGUCAAACGGGAAUUAGGAACUGAAUUAGCCACCUUCCUGCAGAGUCUCCAGCGGUACUUCCGUCGAGGGGGUGGGCCCUCCUCUCCCAGCUCGGCCAGUCCCUCCUCCUCCUCAUCCGGCCUUCUCCGCACCCCUUCUGCCUCCAUCCUCUCCAAGUCGGCCAGCCACACCCUGUUCUCGGAGGCCCCCGAGCAAGCCUUCUUCCGCGUGGUGCAAUACUUCAUGCAGCAGAUCCUGCGGUAGAGGGCACUUCACUAUGAUAGCCCAGCAGAGCCGUUGGGAGUUGCAGCAUUCCCAGAUUAGAAGCCAUUUUGGCUCUGAACAGCGAGUUCCAUCUUUCUCAGAUUAUAAAUCAUUUUGCUUCCAAAGAGAGAGGGGGUUGCCACCUCGUCAGAUUUGACGCCAUUUUGGUUCCUAAGUUCUCCUGCAUACUUAGGCAUGAAACAAUCUUCCAACUUUUAACUGUUGUUUUUCAUGUCAUUUCGAAUCACUGUCAUUUAGUGCAAUCAAUUAGUGCAACCCUAUGCAUUACAAUUUAACACACCACCAAUGCAACACACCACAUCAUACAUGGUCUCAUGUCUAUACGGCUCUGUGAUGGUCACUCACAUGACUACUUGGAAGUGCUUCCCCCUCUCCCUCCCGUGGGAGAAAAAAAUUUAAAAAGGCAAGGGGCGGGGAACAGGAACAGUGAAAGAAAGGAAAGCGACCAAAAUAAGUCAAUUUUCUUUCAAAUAAAUAACCAAACACCUCUGAAUUGACUCCUUUCCAUCAUCAUUGAUUGCUGCUUUGCCUCUAAUGGCAAAUGGUGCUUGGAGCUGUUGGUGCUCUUUGGCCUUAGUGGAAGCCCAAACAAUGAAUAAUCAUGAACAUGGCAUUCCACGUCAAAUGGUGCUUGGGACUAUGGGCACUUUGAGCCUUUGUGAGUGCUCAAAGAAUUCAUAUAGAAUGCCCCCCCCCCCAUGAACAGAAAUACCUUGGAACCAUCAGCUGUUGCUAGAAUCAAACAAGGUGCCUUUUAGACAAAUGUAUAUCAAAUAGAACAUUGUAAGAGUAUUUACAGAAAGCAGGGGUAGAAAUUAGAUACCUGGAGGAUGGAAAUGUGACACAUUGCCACUAGACCAAACUGAAGACACUUGUUUUGGUUUUGACUUUUUUUUGUCUCGUAAAGUUUGAAUUUUGGUAUUUAUUCAUUGACAGAAAUAUUCAUGGCUGCAAGGGGAGGGAUCACUGGGGGCCAUGCUUUUCCCCCUCCCCCAAAAAGGGGACACAUUUUGGGUUUAAGUGAGGUGAGAAAAUGUUUUCCUUUUUCUCUCCUGCUCCAAUAUAGGGAUUUAAUUCAGAUUUGAUGUUUUUGGAACAAAUGUUUCAUGUCAUUGAGGCAAAACUGAUUACAAUAUUGUCGUGCAUAAUUACAGUUUGUACUGCAUUUGAAGUGAAUAAAUUUUGAUCGACCGAUUUGAGUUGA